UUCACUCUUCUUUCCAUCACUCUCAUUGAGAUCAUCGCAAGCUCUAAUUUCUUUUGUGCUUUCAUCACUUUCUUCACUCUCGUUCGUGCUCUCCUUACUCUCGUUUGUGAUUUCAUCACUCGUUCGUGCUUUCAUCACUCUCGUUCGUGUUUUCAUCACUCUCGUUCGUGUUUUCAUCACUCUCGUUCGUGCUUUCAUCUCUCCUGUUCGUGCUUUCGUCACUUUCGUUCCCCUUUCGGAGUUCACCGGUCAUCGAAUAGGAGUUUGCUUACACCGUCAUCAGGCAACCCUCGGAUCAUUCACAGGGAUAUCAAGUCAUCAAACAUUCUUUUAGAUUUCAAUUAUGAAGCUAAGGUCUCAGAUUUUGGGCUAGCCAAAUUAGCUCUUGAUGCAAAUACGCAUAUUACCACGCGUGUCAUGGGAACUUUUGGGUAUGUUGCCCCUGAAUAUGCUUCAAGUGGUAAAUUGACUGAGAAGUCUGAUGCAUAUUCUUUUGGAAUCGUGCUUUUGGAGCUAAUUACCGGGCGGAAGCCAGUAGAUGUAUCCCAACCUUUGGGAGAUGAAAGCCUGGUUGAAUGGGCUCGGCCUUUACUAAGUCAUGCAAUUGAUACUGAGGAAUUCAGUAGUUUGGCAAAUCAAAGCCUAGAAAAGAAUUACAUUGAGAGUGAAUUGUAUUGCAUGAUUGAGGUUGCUGCAGCUUGUGUGCGGCAUUCAGCUUCAAAGAGACCUCGCAUGGGACAGGUUGUUAGAGCUUUUGAUAGCUUAGGAGGUUCUGAUCUAACUAAUGGAAUGCAACUUGGGGAAAGUGAGGUGUUUGACUCUGCACAACAAUCUGAAGAAAUAAGAUUAUUUCACAGCUCUACAAUCGUUUCUUCAACAGCAUGGUGUUGGAUUUUAUCUCAAUGCCACACAAGAGAAAUGGAAAAAUUGGCGCAUGUAUGACUAUGUUGUCAAGGAAUUGCCAAAGCUUCUCAGUGAUAAUUUUCCACAGCUCGAAACAUCAAAGGCUUCUAUAUUUGGUCAUUCUAUGGGUGGGCAUGGUGCUCUGACUAUCUACCUGAAGAAUCAGGAUAAGUAUAAGGUUUUGAUGAUUAUGCAACUGAAAACUUAAAGUUAAAGAGCUAGAUUGAAAAUAUUUGAAU